AGAAGUCUGACAUUUACAGGAAAUUGGCUUUGGAUUCAGGUUGUUUGUGAUAUUAUUUUGUCAGUGAUGUAAAAAAAAAAAAAUCCCCGUUAAAUUUGCGGUAAAAAAAACGGCAGUUGUGUUUGCCAGAACUUUACCUUAAAAAAUACGGUAGCAACGUUUUAGGUUUUACGGGACAGCACUUAGUUUACUGUCUAUUUUACAGUUCAAAACCGUAUAAUUUAAAGGUAUAUUUUACACACUGUAAAAAAAAAAAAUUGUUAAAUUUAUGGUAACAAAUCUUAUUUCAUUAUCUUAGUUAGUUAGUUUAGUUUAUUGAUUUAUAAAGCACAUUUCAAAACAACAGAGGUUGCAACCAACCAAAGUGCUGUACAGAAAAAUGUAAACAAAAUUAAAACACACAAACACACACACACACACACACACACACACACAAAAGAAUUAACACACUGGAUCAAAACCUUGGACAUUUGAAGAAUUCACACCCUUUAUUAAAAUAUAAAGAAUACAAAUACGUUUUUAAAGAGGAUUUAAAAGUAGAAACAGAAGGGGAAGAUCUAAUAUUUAGAAGGAGACUGUUCCAGAAUCGAGGAGCAGCCACCGAGAAAGCCCAGUCACCUUUAGUUUCUGUUUAGGAACAAGAAGAAGAAAUUGAUUGGAUGAGCGUAAGGAUCUUGGGGCAUUGUACGGGACAAGAAGAUCACUAAUAUACUGAGGUGCAAGUUAUGUAAAGCUUUAAAAACAAAGAGCAAAAUCUUAAAAUCAAUCCAGGACUUAACCGGUAGCCAAAGGAAGGAGGCAAGCACAGGACUAAUGUGUUGAUGCUAUUUAGUGCCAGUCAAAAGCCUGGCCGCUGCAUUUUGGACCAUUUGCAGUCCAUUGACAGUUGAAUUAGGCAAACCCAGGUAUAGACCUUAUGCGCCAGAGAAACAAGCGCGCCGCCAUCUUUAUAAUUGUAAUGAUGGGACGGCAGAGCGGGGAUCCAUUAGCAGCUUUAUUGAGAAUAGUCACCAAGGCAGACAGGGGUAAAGGCAAAGACAUAAACGGGACAGGCAAUGGUCGAGGCAGGCAGCAGACAAACUGUAUCGGGUCACAGGCGGAGAUCAGGGCAGGCAGCAAAGGGUCGCAGGGAAUAAACAGUCCAAUCGGUAACAGAUAAACAGUCCACAGAAAAACGCUCAGAAAUGAUCACCUCGGCAAAUCAAGACUUCGCCAAGGGUGUGUGUGUGUGUGUGUGUCUUAAAUAGUCCAGGUAAUGAUCUGCAGGUGUGUGUGGCAAUUGGUGAUUGGUGCAUGUGAUUGGAAGGGAGGAUUAUGGGAAGUGGAGUCCAGGAACUGACAGGAACAGACAGUGAUCGUGACAUAACGCCCCCCUUCCGGAAGGCGCGUCCUCGCGGCGUAAAUGGCACAGAUAGGGAGGGGGGGUGGGUACAUUGGAGACCUGUUGGCAGACGGGAACGGGGUCUCCAAUGCAGGUCCAGGAACUCGGGCAGCCACGGCGGGUCAGGUGCCACGGGCAGCCACGGCGGGUCAGGUGCCACGGGCAGCCACGGCGGGUCAGGUGCCACGGGCAGCCACGGCGGGUCAGGUGCCACGGGCAGCCACGGCGGGUCAGGUGCCACGGGCAGCCACGGCGGGUCAGGUGCCACGGGCAGCCACGGCGGGUCAGGUGCCACGGGCAGCCACGGCGGGUCAGGUGCCACGGGCAGCCACGGCGGGUCAGGUGCCACGGGCAGCCACGGCGGGUCAGGUGCCACGGGCAGCCACGGCGGGUCAGGUGCCACGGGCAGCCACGGCGGGUCAGGUGCCACGGGCAGCCACGGCGGGUCAGGUGGCUUGGGCGACCACGGCAGGUCAAGUGGCUUGGGCGACCACGGCAGGUCAGGGUCCGUAGCUGGCCACAGCAGUUCACAGGCGGUUGAAGGCCGUGGGCGUGUAAGGUCCCCACCCGCAAGCUCCCCACCCUCAGGUAUAUGGCCCCCUCCCAAAAAGUUCUUGGGGAAUUCAACGGAGGCCGUGGCGGUUUCGUGGGUAAGGAGCUCGGGUGGCGCCGGCAGGGCGAGGAGCUCGGGUGGCGCCGGCAGGGCGAGGAGCUCGGGUGGCGCCGGCAGGGCGAGGAGCUCGGGUGGCGCCGGCAGGGCGAGGAGCUCGGGUGGCGCCGGCAGGGCGAGGAGCUCGGGUGGCGCCGGCAGGGCGAGGAGCUCGGGUGGCGCCGGCAGGGCGAGGAGCUCGGUGCCGGCCUCCGUGGCUGUAUCAGGAAGAGCGGAUUGCUCUGGGACGGCAGCGGGCUGCUCUGGGACGGCAGCGGGCUGCUCUGGGACGGCCUCCGGGCCUACAGCGGGCUCUGGGAAGGCCUCCGGGCCUUGAGGGCUGGAGGAAGCCUUCUUCCUCCUCCUCCUCCUCCGUUUGAAUGGUUGAGGCGGUGGCUCUGUGCCUACCUCCUCGGUGGGCGCUGCAGCGGGCUCACGGGGUGGAGCGGACUCACUGGCUGGGACGACCCCUAUGUUCCCAGACACUGGCGGGGCGGCCAUCUUGCCCGUGGGCACUGGCAAAGCAGCCAUCUUGUCCAUAGCAUCCCGAGAGUUUGAGUGCGUCGCAACCGGCGAGCUUGAGGGCGUCGCAACCGGCGAGCUUGAGGGCGUCGCAACCGGCGAGCUUGAGGGCGUCGCAACCGGCGAGCUUGAGGGCGUAGCGGCCAGCGGGCUUGAGUGCGAAGCGGCCGGCGGAGGCUUAGGAAUGCCAGCCGCUCGUGCUGAAGUCAGCGGUGGAUCAGCCACACUGGAACGCAACCCACCCUGCUCCCAAACAGAUCCAGAGACGUAACGUGACUCUAGAAGAACAGCGGGGACAUGACGUUGUUCUGGAAGAUCAGAGGAGACGUGACUUGGCUCACGGAGGUCAACUGUGACUUGACUUGGUUCAGGAUAAUCAGCGCUGACUUGACUUGGUGUUGUUAUUAUGGUGGCCGCCAUUUUGUGAGCGUCAUCUGGCGCGGCGGCCAUUACGUGAAUGGAUGAAGUGUCGCAUUUCUCCACGACACCCACAGUAAAUGGAGAGCCAACAGUCAAUAAAGCAUAAUCCAAAAACAGACUUAAAGAUGAACGGGGUCCCUCACGAAUGAGUUGUUUUUUAAGUGGCUGAUUGAUGCCCUCACAGAAAAAGUCUAUGAGCACGCAGUCCGGCAGAUCUGACCAAUAAGCAAUGUUCAAAUAUUCUGUGAUAUAAUCCUCUAUCGAUCGUGUGCCCUGCGUGAGUCCUAAUAACAAUUGUGCGAUGUUCCUACCGGGCCAUUGUUCUUCAGGAAAGCCGCUGGAUCCAUGUGAUGGCGAAGUCUUCUGUAAUGAUGGGACGGCAGAGCGGGGAUCCAUUAGCAGCUUUAUUGAGAAUAGUCACCAAGGCAGACAGGGGUAAAGGCAAAGACAUAAACGGGACAGGCAAUGGUCGAGGCAGGCAGCAGACAAACUGUAUCGGGUCACAGGCGGAGAUCAGGGCAGGCAGCAAAGGGUCGCAGGGAAUAAACAGUCCAAUCGGUAACAGAUAAACAGUCCACAGAAAAACGCUCAGAAAUGAUCACCUCGGCAAAUCAAGACUUCGCCAAGGGUGUGUGUGUGUGUGUGUCUUAAAUAGUCCAGGUAAUGAUCUGCAGGUGUGUGUGGCAAUUGGUGAUUGGUGCAUGUGAUUGGAAGGGAGGAUUAUGGGAAGUGGAGUCCAGGAACUGACAGGAACAGACAGUGAUCGUGACAGUAAUAUUGUCUUUGAACUUCCGUUUUUGCAGUAGCUCUGUACAUUUCUAUGGCAUUGCUGUUGAAGAAUAAUUAGCUGGUGAAGUGGAUUUACUUGUUGUAGAGUUAAUUAAAGUUCUCAUGAGCAUUGUAAUGUUUAAAGCAGAUGUCUUAACAAAUGUCAGUAGACCCAGAAGAUUUUAAAACGAGCAGUUCAUUCAUAAAUACGUAAGAUCGCUGUGGAAAUGCAAACCGGAAAUCAAAAGACAACGAGCGCAGCACUGAAAAGGGGCGGGACAACAUAAGGUCUAUAGAGAGUUACAGUAGUCCAACUUUGAAGUAAUAAAAGUAUGAAUAACAGUUUCAAGUUUUUUUCUAGAGAGCAUCGUCUUAAUUUUAGCAAUCGAUCUUAGCUGAGAGAAACUACUUUUAUACAACAGUGCUAAUCUUCUUAUCAAAACUCAGAUUGGAAUCAAAAAUGACACCAAGAUUUUUGACACAGUCAUGAACAUUAAAAGAAAGAGAACCAAGCUGAACCAAGCUGACUAUGUCAGAGGUCAUAUCUGAUGGGGCAAAGAUAAUCAUUUCAGUUUUAUCUUUGUUUAGCUGUAAGAAGUUCAUGUCCAUCCAACAUUUAAUGUCACACAGACAGUCAAACAGACUAGACACAGAACAGUUAUUGUUUUUGAUAGGAAGAUAGAGCUGAGUGUCAUCGGCAUAGAAGUGAUAUGAUAAAUUAUGUCUCUGAAUAAUAUGGCCAAGUGGAAGCAUAUAUAGUGCAAAAAGAGGAGGACCCAAAAUGGAACCCCUGGGACACCAUAAGGAAAUGGAGCAUGAGAUGAAAAAUAAUUCCCAAUUUUAAUUCCCAAACAUUAUCACAAGGGGGCAUUUCUAGAGAUGAAGAACUCUUAGAUGGAAUAUUAGAGCGAAUACCCUCAAUUUUAUUAAUAAAAUGUGUUAAAAACUGAUCACGCACAGGUCAGAAGAAACCUCAGAUGGAACACUAGAAGAGGGAUUUAGAAGAGCAUUAAUUGUGCUACAAAGAACUUUCGGUCUCUGAGAAUUUUGAGCAAUUAAAUCAGACAGGUAUUUCAACCAUGUCUUCCCUAACAGCAUUCUGAUACUGCUUAAGACACUCCUUGAAGGUUUUAUAAGAAAUAGAUUUUUUUCAAUGGCUCAUGUGUGACUAAAGGACUGUUGACACCAAUUCUAUAAAAAGGGAACGUCCACACCACAAUUAUAACGAUAAUGACACACUUUCAGAACGAUUUUUUGAGCCAAUCAGAAUCCAGGUUGAUUAUUUAAAGCAGCAGACGACAAAAAUUAAAACUUGCACUUAUAAUAAAUAGCUCCCUAGUUCAGUACAAUCAAAAAAACUUUUGUUCAUUGAACGUAAUUGAAUUAAGGAAAAUAUUUUCACACAAUUAAGUUAAGUUCAUACAA